AAUACUUUAGAGCAGGAAAUGAGUGGGAGAUAGCGCACAGUGGGAAUGAGGCAAUGAGUUACCCAAAACUAGUAUGAUAAGUUCUUUUUAUUUCUGUGUUACUGGACAGAGCCCCAAGCACACACCCCAAACAAGUUUUUGUGUUUAUUUUUUCUUUUUAAUUAACAAAUACAGACACUCUAAAUUGCCCCGUCGGUGUGAUUGUUGUCUGUCUGCAUGUCCCCCGCGAUUGGGUGGGAACCAGUCCGUGGUGUGCCCGCGUCCCCUGCAGUUCCGCGACCCUCGUGAGGAUGAGCGGCUCAGAAAUGGAUGCAGUAUGUCGGUUUUGGUGGAGGGCGGCAGUAACAACCACCGUCCUCUAGGUGGCAGCGUCGGCCUAAAUAAAAAAAUUGGCGGUUGGAGUCGCACGCAAGUGCGCAUGCGCUGGCGGAGUGGGGGGGGGGGUGGUCUGCCUCCAACAACAAGGAGCGAAAGCCAGGCAACAUGGCCGACCUGGGGAAGAAGUACUGCGUGAACUGCCUGGCGGACGUGACCCAUCUCCGGCUCCGCUGCACCGACUGUCCCGAUAUCGAGCUGUGCCCCGAGUGCUUCUCGGCGGGCGCCGAAAUCGGCAACCACCGCAGAUGGCACGGCUACCAGCAGGUCGACGGCGGUCGCUUCUCCCUCUGGGGUCCCGAAGCCGAGGGAGGAUGGACGAGCAGGGAAGAGCAGUCGCUCCUCGAUGCCAUCGAGCAGUACGGCUUCGGGAACUGGGAGGACAUGGCGGCUCACGUCGGCGCCGGCCGCACUCCCCAGGAAGUCAUGGACCACUACGUGACGAUGUACAUCCACGGCAACCUGGGGAAGGCCUGCAUCCCCGACAGCAUUCCCAACCGGGUGACGGACCACACGUGCCCCGGCGGGGGGGCGCUGUCGCCCAGCCUCACCGUCCCGCUCCCCCCUCUGGACGUUGGCCUGGCCGAGCAGCAGCAGCUGGGCUACAUGCCGCUGCGCGACGACUACGAGAUCGAAUACGACCAGGACGCCGAGAAGCUCAUCAGCGGGCUGUCGGUGAACUACGACGACGAGGACGUGGAGAUCGAGAUGAAGCGAGCCCACGUGGACAUGUACGUGCGCAAGCUACGCGAGCGGCAGCGGCGGAAGAACAUCGCACGGGACUACGGCCUGGUGCCCGCCUUCCUGGGCCGGGAUAAGAAAGAGAUGCGGGACAAGGACAAGUUGCCAGGAGUCGCGAGCGCCGCAGCGGGCGCGCUCGGAGCGGGAGGCGGCCCGACCGCGCCGGGCCCCGCGACGGCGGCGGCGGCGGGAACGUGUCCGCCGGUUCCCACCACGCCGAAGAGAAAGAUCAGCAAGGAGGAGAAGGAGCAGCGGGUCCGUCUGCGGGGGCUGUGCCAGUUCAUGGCCCACCGAGAAGUCGAGGAGCUCUUUGAGAACAUGCACAAAGAGCGGGCGCUCAGGGCCAAAGUCAGGGAGCUGCAACGAUGCCGCCGCAACGGCAUCGCCCGCCUGGACGAGGCGGCCGAAUACGAGGCGGCGCGCCACAAACGGGAGAAACGCAAGGAAAACAAGAGCGUGCUCGUCUCCAAGCGGGGCGGGGGAGGCGCCGGCGGGCUCGGCUCCGGCGCGGCGCCGGGCGGAGGCGCCGCCGGUGGGCUCGGCGUGGGCUGCGCCAUCAAGGAGGAAGGAAAAGAGGGCGAGUUCACCGCCAUCGAGAACCUGACCGGCUUCGAGCUGCUGUCGGACCGCGAGAAGGUGCUGUGCAACUCCCUCAACCUGAGCCCCGCCCGCUACUUGACGGUCAAAACCAUCAUCAUCAAAGACCACCUGCAGAAGAGGCAGGGGGUCCCUUCCAAGAGCCGGCUGCCCAGCUACCUGGACAAAGUCCUCAGGAAACGCAUCGUCACCUUCCUCACCGAGAGCGGCUGGAUAUCCAGAGACGCCGUCUAGAAGGAAAAAUCCAAAUGAAAAUCCGGACUCGGGACGUCACGGUCACGUCGGGAAGCCCUCGCUCGGCAGGGGAACCAGCAACCCACCCACCCGCAAUAGGUGAAAAUCUAUCAACUUUAUUUAUACAGUCUCAACACGCGCGUUCAAAUUCUGUAAAUUCAUUCAUUCACUAUUUUUUUAAGUACUCAUUCCUCCGUUUGGCCGUCAACUACAAUCGCGCAGUGAAAAGAUCACUUCGGGCCGAAAAGGUCCCCCGGUCGAAGUUAUCGUUAAAUAUUACAGAGAUGAAACGUUGCAUUUUCAAAACGGCGAAAUGCUCAACUGGAAAAAUUACUGUAAUGGAAUGGUUAGCUUAACGCUAACAGAUCAUGUUAGGCUAAUGAAAUUAGCACGAAUAUUUUAGUAUUUAUCGAUUAUUUUGUUGCUAUUUUAACUCACGGGCACUUUCUACGCUUCAUCUUCCAGUCGAGCUCACUGCUGCCCGACGUGGCACGGCGCGGUACUACACUGAAAGCACGGAAUUCUCAAACAGAUCCGAACGGGAAUCAGGUUUAUUUGCUAAGUGUGUACGUAGUACGACAUCCAUGUUGAGUACGAAGAUAGAACAGAACAAACUGACAAGAACGAAGGGCAGUAGUCAAGUUUUGGGGGCGGGGUGGGGUGGGGUGGGUGUCACUUUAUUUUCAUAUCAGGAUUACGGACGAAAGAGCCAUAUAUUUUGUUUGCAAAGGGACAGGGCGAGUUGUGUCGGGAUUUGGGGCCGCGGUCAAGGUUGGGAAGUUUCCGGUGUAUUUCCGUCGGGAGUCGAACUGGAAUUUUGCACCCCCGUCUGUCAUCCGUACAUGAAUGAAAUGGAACAAGCGGCACGAUUCUCAGCUUUUCGACCGAGCGGCUUGACCAAAAUUUGCGUUUUCCUCCUGUCCGGCAAACGAGUCUGAUCCUUUGUAAAAUAUGUAUAAAUUAAAAAAAAAAUAAUACUGGUGACUUGUACAGUAUUUUCCAGUGGAAUUAUGAUUAUUUUUUUUUUUUACGUAGCUUUUUUAAUGAAAAAUGAAUUUUGUACUGCGCACGCGAAGCUGCGGGCUUUGCUGCCGUGUGAACGGACUAUUGGACAUGUAUUAAAAAUGGAAACAUUUAUGGCGG